AUGACACAUAGCAAAGAUAACAAUGCUCGCCCAGAACGCCAAGAAAGACAUGUUGCCAGAAAUGGCCAAACUGUCACCAUGAAGAAGGGAGGCGCUGGACAUGCCAACUGGGGAGUCGAAGGCGAUGAGGUACCUGACUUAUAUGAAUACACGCAUGAAGUGGUUGAAGAGGCUAUUACCAAGGCUGACAAAGUGAACAUUGUUGAUGCUGACACGUUUAAAAACAUGCGCUCUUAA